UUUAUGACCCUCCACAAAGGUUGAAGUCCUGCUGCUCAACGGAAGAAAAAUUCAAACUUAGUUAUCUGGAGUAGAGAAAGGUUCACAGGACUAUUCCAGCACACUAUUCUAGCCUAUAAUUUUUCUAUCCAUCUUCUAUUUCUCUCACUUUGUGUGCGAAGUGUAAAGAUGUCAACAGCAUUAGAGGUGACUGGAUUCUUCAUGUGUUUGAUCGGCUGGGUGAUGACUGGCCUUGCUGUGGCUAAUGACUACUGGAAGAUAUCUAGUGUACAAGGCACCGUAAUCGUUUCAAACCGCCUCUAUGAGAACCUAUGGCAUGCCUGCGGCGAGGACAGCACUGGAAAGGCCAACUGCCAAGACUUUCAAUCCAUGUUAGCCUUGCCAGUUCAUAUUCAAGCAUGUCGAGCAUUAACGAUCAUCGCCCUGAUCAUGGGGCUGGUCGGUAUAAUUUUAUCUACCAUGGGGCUGAAGUGCAUUAAAUUUGGGUCAAAAACAGAUGAGGCAAAAGGCAAGACAAUGGUCAUUGGCGGCAUUAUCUUCAUCCUUGCAGGUGUUUGCACUGUGGUGGCUGUAUCUUGGUACGCUGCACGGAUUGUUGCAGAAUUCAAUGACCCGUUCUAUGGAGGCGUCAAAUUUGAGCUGGGUACUGGUCUCUAUAUAGGUUGGGCUGGUGCAGGGCUGUGUAUCCUGGGUGGUGCAUUCCAGUGCAGUGCCUAUAAAAGAGCCUCUCAAGCGAAAGACAAAGGGGCAUACUACCCAGGUGGAAAGCCAAAGACAAUCUAUACUCCCGCUCCAUCUACUGCAGAGACGUCAAAAGCUUACGUUUGAGACACCAGGGUCACCCAUAUUAACAAGGCUGAACUUUUGUUACGUUGAUGUUUGUUUUACUCAAUUAUGUUUUUGCUACUUUUUUUUUUUUUUUGGACAAAAUCAUGACAAAUGUAAAGAUCACUUAAAUUAUCAUGAAUGCUGAACUUCUGGAAUAAAAUAUGUUCUCUGAAUUAAGAUAGGCUAUCUAGAUAUUGGUAACACAAUAA